AGCUGUCAUCGUUUCCUGCGCCCGGGCGCGUGUUGCGCAACACACGGGCGCCCGUGGCACGUGUGGCAUGGAGUCCACCAACAGCCACGCGGAAUGGGAGAAGAAGUUGAGUUCAUUGGACCUCCAGGAGCGUGAAGUGCAUCAGAAACAGCUGCGCUUGAUCCGGGAUCAUACCUCAGCGCUGGCGAGGGAUUUAGCCGCCUUGAAGACUGAGCUCUCAAAUCACAAGGUCACGCUGGAGACACUCCAAAGCACCAACUCCUUCGAUAAGUCCUUGAUGGAAAUGAACCAGAAGAAACACCAGCAGUAUGUGGACCAGCAACUCCUGGAGAUGUCGCAGCUGACCAAACUGGUGACCACCGAUGAAAAGCUUCAUUCCGUAAAAGAGCAGAUGGAACAUUCCUGGCGCGAGACCUUGCAAAAGGCCCAGCAUAGCAUGGAGGAGAAGUUCUCAAGGCGCUUGGACCGCCUGGAGCAGCAACUGUCAGACCUAUCCGGCUCCAGUCAGGACCAGCACUCUGAGCUACGGCGACACGUGGAAGGCAUGAAGGUGGAUCACCAGGAGAGUCAUAAAUCCCUGGCAGAUCGUCUGGGACACCUCCAAGGCCUCCAUCAACAACUCCAUGAAAAUCACGGAGCUCUACAGAAGAACCUUCGUGAGCUUCACAAUAGCCACGCCGAUGCAACGAAGAGACACGAGGACCUGCAUGUAGCUCAACAAGUGGCCAAAGAGAGCCAUCAGGCUUUAGAGGAGCGCGUGCAAAAGCUUCACAACAGCAACGCCGAUACAAUGAAAAGACACGAGGACCUGCACGGAGCUCAACAAGCGGCCAAAGAGAGCCAUCAGGCUUUGGAGGAACGCUUGCAAAAGCUUCAUGCGAGCCACAGUGACACAGCAAGCAGCCAUGAGGAGCUGGGACGGACGUUGGCACAGCAUCAUGCAGCGUUCACGUCAGACCUGACAAAGUUGCAGGAGAACAUGAAUGAGCUUCGGGAGCAUCAUGGUCAAACCCGAGCGCAGGGCCGAAGAUGGGAGGCCCAUCAAGCAUCCAUUGAAGAACGCCUGGACAGCGUGGAGGGGACAAUUACGGAGCUUUUUGAGAAGAACGCCCGAGAGAUGGAAGCCAUUCAGAGCCGAAUGUCAGACAUGGAUUUGCAACAUCAAGCUAUCCUGCAAGACAAGGAGCCCUUCCGAUUGGUCGCAGAGCGGACAGAAUAUUUGGAGCGCUUGUUGGGUGCUCCCUUCCGCAAGAAGCGAGGUGAGGAGGACCUGGUCGAAGAUUGCAAACGAGUGAGCUACUCAGUCUAUGACCAGCUGUCGGACCAGGAUGAACGGCUCACUGGCUUAGAGUGCAGGAUGCACGAUGAGCAUUCGCGCCUGUGGAGCGCGAUGGAUUCUCACACCCACGACCUGUCCAGCCAAACUCUACGAAAGGCGACAGGCAGUCCUGAUGCUUCUCCAGCCUCCCAGCGCUCCCAGCGAGUCCAGUCUUUGCCAGCGAUGCAGACGGUGCCGGUGGUGUCCUUACCUGGGCCCAUGCCACGUGGACCGACCGCUGUCCCACUGGCGGCUGCAGCUCCACCACCUGCGGCUCCAGUGCUGGCAAAGCCCAUGGCAGUGCCCGCUGGGCCAGCACGCUUCGAGAAUUGGAGCCCCACCCGGAGUGGGCAAGGGCCUGUGCCGGGGGGGUUUGCCAAGGCCUCCAGCCGCACAGCUACUACCAGCUUGGCCUCAGUGGCCACCGUCACGACCGUGGCCUCCGCUGCCUCCAGCAGUCGCACGCUGCCACCUGCGGGCUAUCCCUGGCCAGAGGAAGUGGAGCGCAUCUCCUGCGGCCGGACACGCUACAUGGGGACCCCCACCUCGGCAGAGGUGGUGAGAUCCCCGUCUCAGUGAGUGUCUUCGAGUGGCCCACUGGAUGAUGUGGCAAAGCACCGUUCACCCGUCUGUAGCUGUGAGUUCGGCUGCCUGUCAGUGCCAUAUGCCACGCUUUUUCUCACGUUUAUCCCGCGCCGGUGGAUGCCACUCAGAUGACCGGACGGGUGGACCCAAAGCCUGGACCCCGUCGAGCCAUCGCUGAAUCGAUACCUGGCAGGUCUAACCUGGAGAUGUUA